CCCGCGCAGCCUCGGCCGCCCCCGGGGGUUGCGGAGCCAAGCCCGGGAUUCUGGAUUUACCGGCCCUCCUCCCACUGCGGGCAGCCUGUAAUUAGCCGCGCGCCUAAUGAGUUUUGGCCAAGUUGGGGUGCAGCCCGCCCGAGGAGCCCUCGCUGCCAUCACGCCCCUCCCUCCUCCCCCCGUGGCACCCUCAAAAAGCCGGGAGCAACGGGGAGCUGAGGCACUCCCGGCCCGAUCCCGACCCCAUCCCGGCGCUCCCGAGCCGAUCCCGGCGCUCCCGAGCCGAUCCCGGCACUCCCGAUUCGAUCCCGGCGCUCCCGACCCCAUCCCGGCAUUCCCGACCCGGUCCCGGCGCUCCCGAGGGACGAUGGAGCCCUGGAUGCUCCUGCUGGGGGCAGGAAUCGCCCUGGGCUGCGUGUCCGGCCAUCUGUACACAGCCCCCGACUCGUGCGAGGGACGCUGCGGGGAGCCCUUCAAUGAGGAGGACGAGUGUCACUGUCACCCCGAGUGCGGGGCAGAGCACAACUGCUGCGAGGACCACGAGAGGCACUGCGGGCCCGGUGGAGAAGGCGCUGAGGGUGGAGCUCGAAGCCGCGACGGAUUCUCCAGCAGCAGCGGUUCCAUCUCGGAGCAGGAGCUGCUGGAGCUCUCGGAGCAGCUCUACGGGCUGGACCACAACAAAGCCAGGCCUGGUGACAUCGCCCUGAACCCGCAGCACCUGGCGGGCCCCGACGAGACCGGCGACAAGGAGGACCGGUCCCCGCAGCCGCUCUACAAAUACGUGAACGAGGCGCUCUUCUCCAAGCCCACCUACGCCAGCUUCAUUAAGCUGCUGGAUAAUUACCAGAGGGCCACGGGCAGGGAGGAGGAGGUGACGGCCGAGGAGCUGCAGGAGCAGGAGCGGUUCCUCCAGGAGGUGAUGGGAACGGAGCUGAUGAAGAAACUCUUCGUGUUCCUGCAGGGGAAAAAUCGCUACAGCUCCGAGCAGGAGUUCCUGCAGGACCUGAACCAGAUGUGGUUCGGUCUGUACUCCCGAGGGGACGGGGAGCGGGAUUCCAGCGGCUUCGAGCACGUGUUCUCAGGGGAGGUGAAAAAGGGAAAAGUGUCUGGAUUCCACAACUGGAUCCGCUUCUACCUCCUGGAAAAGCAGGGCGUCCUCAACUACUUCAGCCACAACUUCGACGGGCCGUGGGACACGUACCCCGACGUGCUGGGGCUCCAGUUCAGCUGGGACGGCUUCUACAAGGAGGUGGGCUCGGCUUUCAUCGGCUGCAGCCCCGAGUUCGAGUUCGGCCUCUACACCCUCUGCUUCCUCGCGCGGCCCGGCCGGGCAUGCCACCUGAGCCUGGGCGGGCACCGCCUCAGUGUGCAGACCUACCCCUGGACCAAGACCACCUAUGAUGGCGGCCGGAGAUUCAUCGCCACCGCCUACGUGAUGUCACCCUGAGCCAUGACGUCACCCUGAGUGGUGUCACCCUGAGGGGGCUCGGGGGGCCGCGGGACGGGAGCGGCCGCACUGAGGGCCUGGCCCGGGAGGGGCGGCAGGGACCGAACGAGGGGACCCCCACGAGGGGACACCCACGAGGGGACACCCCCAGACCCCGCCGCGUGUGGCAGGCCCAGGCUCGGAAGGGAAGGGAAGGAUUUGGCACGGAAAGGAGGAUCCUGAGCGGAAUAAACACUGCCCUGGCUGGAGGA